GUGAUGAUGGAUGAUGAAUUUUGGACAAUUGGCUUUCUACCCUCAUCACAAAGCCUGAAAAUUAAAUGCAUCCUCACCUUUUUAUCAAAUAAGAUUACUCCAUUGCAUCCCCCUUCAUCACUUUGUGCUCUAACUUGUAUCCACCAUGGGUCGUAGAGAGAUCCCAAUUAAGAAAAUUGCUAGUACUGUCACUCUCCAAACAACAUAUACGAAGCGCAGAGAUGGGAUUUUAAAGAAGGCCAAUGAACUACCUGUAUUAUGUGAUGCAGAUGUUGGUCUUCUAAUGUUUUCUCCCACUGGUAGAUUGACUAAGUUUUCUAGCUGUGGAAGUAUUGAGGAUAUGUUUCUUCGCUAUAUUGACCAACAUGAUGAAUAUCAAGGAUCGGUUGAAAAUGAAGAGCGUUUGUGUCGAAGCCUCAAGCAUUCAAAAUAUGAAGAAGAAAUGCUGGAAAUGAUAGCAAAGAAGGAGGCACUUGAGAGAAAACUUCUUGAGCUCAAUAAGCAGCACGAUGAGGCAGAGGAAAAGAUGAGCUUUUACCAACCCAAGGUGGAGAACAUCAACACAAUUGGUGAAGCUAAUAUGUGUCAGCAACACCUUGAUGGUGCUAUUCAACGUGUAGAAAAGCUGAAAGAACAGUUACUUGUUAAAGUGAGUGAAUCCACAAUUCAGGAGAUUAACGAGCUACAAGCUGUGGACAUCAUGAGUACAAAAUUUUCAACUGAAGACUCUGCGGGUUGUAAAAGAAAGAGGAAUCCAUCGAUAAAUAGCCCUGAAGAAACAAACUCACCCACCUUAGCAUUGAAUUAUUGAAAGAGCAGAGCAGAGGCAGUGGAUUCUUGAAAGUGGGGAAUGGGAUCCCACCCAAUGUUGACCUUUGACUGAAGGUUACACAUUUCAGGGGCUUGAGCUUCGAUUUUACUGUCAACCAGUUUAGUAGCUUUGGUUAAAUAUGUAAUAUGUUGAUGUUGGAAGUUUAUUUGAAUAUGGUUUACAAUGUAAAUUUCAAAACAGAUCGGAUUUCUCUGCUACAAUUAGCUCAAGCAUAUGGUUGCCUGAAGAUGAAGCAUGAGAAUGAAAUGAUCCAA